UGCUGUCGGCACUAUGUAACAUGAAAUAAACGCUGGUGCGGAUCCUAAGUAAUAGAACUAGAUUAUUACAAAAAAAAAAAAAAGUAAUAGAACUAGAUGCAUUCACCAGCUUAAUUCUGCGGUUUCGAUUCUUAUAGUGGUAAGUGUCACUUUCCUUGCAACGAUUGCGUAUUCUAGUCGAAUCUAAUCUUCUUAGGCACUUUCCAACUACAAAAAUAGAUGUUUCUGGAUUUGAGAGAUGUGAUGCCUUGUGUAUCUGAAAUGAAACAGAUGGUGAACCCUAAAUUUACUUGAAUCCAGAACAACCCAGAAAUUUGAUUACCCCAACUGCAGAUCAAGUAUCAAGAAGAAAAAAAAUGGAGCAUGAUACAAAAAACAUCGCAACCCCUCUGUUGGAAUCUCCGUCUUCCAAAAGAGCUUCAAAGCUUCAAACUUUGGGAAACAUCAUAGUCACCGUUGUUGGAACCGGAAUUUUGGGAUUGCCCUUUGCUUUUCGGAUAGCUGGCUGGGUUGCUGGAUCACUUGGGAUUGCUGUUGUUGGCGUAUCCACCUACUAUUGCAUGCUCCUACUUGUUAUGUGCAGAGAUAAGUUGGCAUCAGAAGAACCAUUAGUGGAAGCAAGAACAUAUGGAGACCUGGGUUAUAGGUGCUUUGGAACCUCAGGUCGGUUUGUGACAGAACUUAUAAUUGUGGUAGCACAAUGCGCAGGGUCUGUGGCGUAUUUGGUAUUUAUUGGACAAAACAUUGAUUCUGUAUUCGAUGGCCAUGGAGCCAAAGUCAACUCCUACAUAUUUAUUUUAGUACCAGUUGAAAUUGGAUUGUCAUGGAUAGGGAGCUUAUCAGCUUUAGCACCUUUUAGCGUUUUUGCGGAUGUGUGCAAUGUCCUAGCUAUGGGAAUUGUUGUGAAGGAAGAUAUACAACAGGCCCUAGGGGAUGGAUUUUCAAUUGGACAAAGGACAGCAAUCACAUCCAAUAUUGGAGGGUUGCCAUUUGCAGCAGGCAUGGCUGUUUUUUGUUUUGAGGGGUUUGGAAUGACGCUGGCCCUAGAGAAUUCUAUGCAGGAUAGAUCUAAAUUCCCAAUAUUGCUGGCUCAGACUUUUAGUGGGAUAACCCUUGUGUACAUUCUUUUUGGGUUAUGCGGUUACAUGGCUUUUGGUGAAGAAACUAGAGACAUUGUGACCCUCAAUCUCCCUAGAAAUUGGUCAUCUCUUGCAGUACAGGUAGGAUUGUGCCUGGGGCUUGUGUUCACAUUCCCAAUCAUGUUACACCCAAUUAAUGAGAUUGUGGAAGGAAAACUCAAAAUCAUCCACAGAAACAAUAAUGAUUCAACAGGACUAGGAAAUAUUGUCAAAUACAUCAGUCGUGCGAUUGUUGUGGUUGUGCUGGCAGUCUUAGCUUCAUACGUGCCAGAAUUUGGUGUAUUUGCGUCAUUUGUGGGGAGUACCUUAUGUGCAUUGCUCUCAUUUGUUUUGCCAGCCACAUUUCACCUAAAACUAUUUGGCUCUUCUCUACCCAUCUGGCAAAAAUCCUUAGAUUCUAUUGUAUUAUUUUGUGGAUUAUUUUUUGCUGUUUAUGGCACUUACAACACAAUAGUUGGAGUUUGAUGUAUCUAGACCUGUA